AUGCAAGAAGCAAUUAGGCAAACUUGCUCCUCAUGUGGUGUGUGUUCUCAAUACCUAAGUGAGCGGCCCCAGGAACCCAUGCAGUCACAUGCCAUACCGUCUCGGCCGUGGGAAAGAGUGAGUGCAAAUCUGUUUCAACUAAAUGGCGAUAAUUACCUUGUGCUUGUGGACCAUUACAGUGAUUAUAUCGAACUUGAACCUUUAAGAAACACAUCAGCCGUUGCAGUCAUACGAGCCAUGAAGAGAAAUUUCGCACGCCACGGCAUUCCCGACGAAUGCGUAACAGAUAACGGUCCGCAGUUUGUUAGCCACGAAUACGCACGUUUUGCACGUGAUUAUGGAUUCAACAGUAUUAAACCAUUCCCCUACAACGGUCGAGGAAGCGGAAAAGCAGAAUCUGCGGUCAAGACUGCAAAAAUAUUCAGAAGAAAUCUCGCUUUGAGGAACCGUAUCUGGCUCUUUUGGCCUAUCGAAAUACGCCACAACAGGGAUACCAAUACUCACCAGCACAGCGACUAA